GCUGAGGUUGUUGUCGAGGAGAGAAAGUGGCCGCUGGGGAACCCACAGCAGGAGGCCUGUUGGGAUGAGGAAAGGCAGGAAAUCGGCAGCUUGAUCUGGACCCCGGGAUGCCGGCGGUAUAUCCUAGGCCGGCAUCUAGAUGGGGAUUAUCGAAGCUGCCGCGCCAUCAGCCCCAAGGCCGCCCUCUGCGACAACUGCCAGCGGCAGGGCGAGCCUCCCGCUCUCGGGCCGGCUCUGCUUCAAGCCCGAGGCCGGCAAAGCAGCCAGGACCUAGCCGAGAUCGAGGCUGCGCUCGAGGAAAUCGACGGCCUCGCACAGGGCCUGGGGCUAGGCAAGCGAGGCAAGAUGGGGUGCCGGCCCUGCUGGGUGCGCUACGGAGCGGCCGAGGCCCGACACUCAUGGUAUUGCUGCCCCAGGCUGGAAGUGAGGCCGGAAGGCAAUUCGAGCACAGAGACGGGGGCAGCCGCAGCAGAGAGCGAGCCCUGCCGGCCUUCCUUUGUCGACGCAAUGCGAUUUCAAGAAGGCAUUCGCUAUGAGAGCGGAGGAGGCAGGCAGGCAUCCUACCUAAGCUGCUUCCACUGCCACCUCUCCCAGGCUCUAUGUGCGGAAGGCUAUAGGGAUAAGGGCAGAGGUUGUAAGUAUAAGCAUAUUGUAAUGCCGCUAGCUCUUGUGGUAUUUAUCGAGCCGGCGAUGCGAGCCUGGAUGGAGAAGGUAGUUAUCAAGCGGGCCUUACGAGACGAAAAGGACUAUCAGCAGUGGCUGGGGCAAAGGCACCCGCAGCUAGUUGGCGGCAUAGAGAUGACAAAUGCUAUGGCAGUAUUUAGUUGGAUAAUUAAACAGCAGAAAGACUAGCCGAAAGAGAAUAAAUAAAGAAGAGCCUCUAAGAAUAGAGGAUAGAGAGAUUGAA